AUGCCUGCCUUCACCAAACCUGCAAGAAUGUCUCCUCUCACCCUAACUCGUUGCCCUAAGAACAAACAACCAGUAGCCUCUGAAUACAGCGAUUUCAGCGACUCAAAUUCUUCUAAAACAGAAACCCUCUUACCUUCACAUGAUGAAGGUGGUGGGAAUGAUGAUAUAACUUCGCGGCUGCAUGUUUGUAUGUCGGAACAGGUGGAAUCCACAAGAUAUCAUCGGAGUGAUUUGGAGUCGAUGAAGGUGGAUUUGGGGGUUUCCGAAACAAAAUUGUUUCUCCCUUUCCAAAUAGGGUCAAGAAAAAUGGCUGAGUGUCGUGUAUGCGAGAAUGUAAUCUACCCUUGGGAGAAGGUGUCGUGCUCUAUUCAUGAUUGUCGAGUUUCUUAUCACUUGAAAUGUGCAAAGGAACGUGUUGGUUUAUUAUCAUCAUCGAACGAAUUCAAGUGUCCUCAACAUGCAUGCUUUCUGUGCAAAAAGAAAUCACACUUAUGGCGGUGUUCAAAAUGCGAUUUAGCAUCGCACGAGAAAUGUGCAGCAUAUCCUGAGUAUAUACUCCACUCUGAUGAGAAACCAGCGGAAAUAAUUUGUUGGAGGCAUUCUACUGAUUGGCCACCAUUGAAGGAAGUUUUUUGUCGUCUGCCGCUACCGUAUGUUGAAGAGGAAUUCAGGAUUGAUCCCAUGUGGAAAUGCACCUUGGAGAAUAAAGAACCAUCUUCAUAUACUCUUAUUAAGCGCAAUGUAUACCUUAUAAAGAAGAAGCAUGAUGAUGUGGAUGAUGGCAUAGGAUGCAUAUGUUGUGAUUCUGAGAUAUGCCGUGAGGAUUGUUUGUGCUGGCUUCAGUGUAUAAGCUGCUCGAGUGCUUGCGGGUGUUCAGAAAUUUGCGCGAACCGGCCAUUCCGAAAAAACAAGAAGAUCCAACUUGUUAUGACUCAUCGUUGUGGUUGGGGUUUAGAAGCCGAUGAAUUCAUCAGAAAAGGUGAUUUCAUAAUUGAGUAUGUUGGAGAAGUUAUAAAUGAAGCUUUGUGUGAGAAGCGGUUUUGGGACAUGAAAGAAGGCGUUACGAACUUCUAUAUGUGUCAAGUCCAAAGAGACUUCAUCAUUGAUGCAACUAAAAAGGGGAAUGAAUCGCGUUUUCUCAAUCAUAGCUGCGAUCCUAAUUGCAACUUAGAAAAAUGGGAAGUUGAUGGGGAGACUCGUCUUGGAGUCUUUGCUAAACGAUCCAUCAAACGUGGGGAACCAUUGACAUAUCAUUAUCGAUUUGUGCAAUUUGGGCCUGAAAUAGAGUGCCACUGUGGUAGUUCUAACUGUCAAGGCUAUCUUGGUACAAAGAAGAAGACACCAAAGCCACUGUUGGUUGAUUGGGGUGCAAAGCGUCGAAGAAUAGCUUUUAUCAUGGAUCGUUGA